AGUAUUUAUAACCCACAUCCAUGCACACAAUUUUAGGGAAAACGCAUUAAACACUUCUAAACCGCAACUAUUUUAGUUUCUCCCAAAUAUGGCUUCUCAUAAUGUUUUAGGUGAUGAAGAAAGCCAGCUUUCUGGUGGGACUAAUAGAGUUCAACCUUACUCUACUACAGCAAAAAAGGCUAUUGAUGAUGAUGAGGAAAAGAAGCAAACUUCUCUCUCACUGUCUCAAAGGCUGGGCAUUCCUGACUUCUUUUCUUUGGAUGUAUGGCGAGCAUCAAUGGGGGAACUCCUAGGCUCAGCGGUUCUUGUUUUCAUGUUGGAUACUAUAGUGAUCUCCACCUUUGAAAGUGACACGAAAAUGCCAAAUUUGAUCAUGUCAAUUCUCAUAGCAGUUGUUGUAACAAUCCUACUACUAGCAGUUGUUCCGGUGUCCGGAGGCCAUAUCAACCCCGUUAUCUCCUUCUCGGCCGCGCUAGUCGGAAUUAUAUCCAUGACAAGAGCCAUAAUUUACAUCCUGGCACAAUGCCUUGGUGCUGUUUUAGGUGCACUAGCUCUCAAAGCAGUGGUUAGCUCUACUAUUGCGCAAACUUUCUCACUUGGUGGUUGCACCAUCACAGUUAUUGCACCGGGCCCAAAUGGACCCAUCACAGUGGGCCUAGAGACGGCCCAAGCCUUGUGGUUAGAGAUCUUUUGUACAUUUGUUUUUCUCUUUGCUUCAAUUUGGAUGGCUUAUGAUCAUCGACAAGCUAAGGCUCUUGGCCAUGUCACUGUAUUGUCUAUUGUUGGUCUAGUUUUAGGUCUUCUAGUGUUUAUCUCGACCACGGUCACCGCGAAAAAGGGCUACGCCGGGGCCGGGAUGAAUCCGGCUAGGUGUUUCGGGGCAGCUAUUGUUAGAGGAGGUCACCUUUGGGAUGGACAUUGGAUCUUUUGGGUUGGACCUACUAUUGGUUGUGUAGCCUUUUAUGUGUACACAAAGAUCAUUCCACUAAAGCAUUUCCAAGGAGAAUAUGGAUUCAAGCAUGAUUUUCUUGGAGUUGUCAGGGCUUUGUCUAGGUCCGAUGUAUGAUGAAAUAAUAGGCCUAUGGUGAUAUAUUGGCGUUGGGCUUCCCUUUCCUUUGUGGGUCCAUUCAUGGGCUGAUAAUAAACUAAUGUGUAAUAGGCCUAGCCUAAUAGGACUUGAGCACUAAGUAAAUAGAAAAUCAGAUCAUAUUUUCCCUACCCCACUACCCACUCUGUGUAAAAGCUUAAACCUAUCAAUGUUUCAACAAGUUUCUCUUUUUCUCUAUCC